AUGAACACCACCAAAUGGCAAAAACGCUCUUUGGAAUUGACAUUCCCCAAAGAACCUCCCUUUAAGAACGUAAAAGAAUACCUCCAGUCAAAAAAAAGUUUCGCAGAUUCACGUCAUUUUCGCAAUUACCAAUGGGACAAACCCGGCCAUCAACCUUAUUUCCAUCUUUUAGCGGGCCAAAGAAUCCUUGAAGACACCACAAGACAAUUGGCGGAGAAAAGGGAAUGGGCAAAAAGGGAAAGAGUCAAGUUGGAACAUCAAUGGGAGGAUUUGUAUGAAAAAGAAUUAAAGUUUAAAGAGACGUUUCAGAAUCUAAGUUCAUUUAUCAAAUCGAAUGAAGAUAAGAGACAAAGGGCGCAGAAUAUCCUUAAAGAGGAUUAUCAAUUAAGGAUGAAAAGGACACAAGAAAUUGAAAUUUUGCAGAAACUAAUGAACGUAGUGAUUGAGUCUAAGAAGGAAAUGGAUGCUAAUAUCGCACAGUUAAAGAUGUUCGAACACUACCUCAACGAGGUGGUGGGGGCCUCUGAAGACUUCAAAAACGCCGAUGACCUAAUCUCUCGCUACGAAUCCCUUAUUAACACCCGAAACAUUCUAGGAAAACGUCAGGACGAAAAUCUGCGAGAGCUUGAAACAGCUCGUGCAAAAAUCGCCAAAAUGGUCGAAGACAACUCCUUCAAAAUCCUCGGUUUGAACACCGUUCUCGCCUCCCUCAACUCCCGCUACAACACCGCGUUUCGUGAAGCUGUCCAUUGGGAAAACAUAGUUUUYGCCAUAAAAAGUCACUCGUUUCAAAGAUUCCAAGAGUUGGCCCAAGUGAAGCACAGUUGUUGGAAUACUUACUUGUUGAUGUGUCGGCGAAAGAGUGAAACACCGAAACUUGAAGAGGAUGAUUUUGAAAAGCAGUUGAUUUUUAUUCAAAAGACGUUGCAGGAGUUGGGGACGGUGAAGGAGUUGACGAAACGGGAGUCGAAGGAUAUUGGAGGGAUGGUGGGGCGGAGGAUGAGGGCAAGCAGGAUAUGAUAGGAUUCGUGUAUUUUAUAUUUAUUUUUAAUUAUUGUUUAAAUAAAGAUAUUUAUACAUUUA